CUCUAAAACCCUCAUCUCUCUUCUUUACCAGGGUUUGCUUCUGCGAUUUCGUUCUGUAGGCAGUUUCUCUCUUUCUCUCUCUCCAUUUCUCUGUGCUUGUGUUCGCCGUCACCGGAAGCAUGUCCCUGCGAGUGCUGAACCCUAAUGCCGAGGUGCUUAACAAAUCGGCGGCAUUGCACAUGAACAUCAAUGCCGCCAAGGGCUUGCAGGAUGUCCUCAAGACCAACCUCGGUCCCAAGGGAACCAUCAAAAUGUUGGUUGGUGGGGCUGGGGACAUUAAGCUCACUAAAGACGGGAACACUCUCUUGAAAGAAAUGCAAAUCCAAAACCCAACAGCAAUCAUGAUUGCUAGGACAGCUGUUGCCCAAGAUGACAUUAGUGGAGACGGCACAACUUCUACUGUGAUCUUUAUUGGUGAACUUAUGAAACAAUCUGAGCGUUACAUAGAUGAAGGUAUGCAUCCACGUGUCUUGGUUGAUGGUUUUGAGAUUGCAAAAAGAGCAACUCUACAAUUCCUUGAAAAAUUCAAGACUCCUGUUGUGAUGGGUGGUGAGCCUGACAAAGAGAUUCUCUGUAUGGUUGCAAGGACAACCCUUAGGACAAAGUUAUACGAGGCACUGGCUGAUCAAUUGACUGAUGUAGUUGUUAAUUCGGUUUUAUGCAUCCGGAAGCCUGAGGAAGCAAUUGAUUUGUUUAUGGUGGAGAUUAUGCACAUGAGGCACAAGUUUGAUGUAGACACACGCUUGGUUGAGGGUCUUGUUCUUGAUCAUGGUUCCAGGCACCCUGAUAUGAAGCGACGUGCAGAGAAUUGUUAUAUACUAACAUGCAAUGUGUCUUUGGAGUAUGAUAAAAGUGAAAUAAAUGCAGGUUUUUUCUACUCAAAUGCUGAACAAAGAGAGGCCAUGGUUGCAGCUGAAAGGCGCCAGGUUGAUGAAAAAGUUAAAAAAAUUAUUGAACUGAAAAAUAAGGUAUGUUCUGGUAAUGAUAGCAACUUUGUUGUUAUCAAUCAGAAAGGAAUUGAUCCCCCAUCACUUGACCUUCUUGCCAGGGCAGGGAUAAUUGCCCUUCGGAGGGCGAAGAGAAGAAACAUGGAGAGAUUGAUUUUGGCCUGUGGAGGAGAGGCAGUAAACUCUGUAGAUGAUUUGACUCCUGAAUGUCUUGGUUGGGCAGGAUUGGUGUAUGAGCAUGUCCUUGGUGAAGAAAAAUAUACAUUUGUAGAGAAUGUGAAGAAUCCUCAUUCAUGCACAAUCUUGAUUAAAGGUCCCAAUGACCAUACUAUUGCUCAGAUUAAAGAUGCAGUUCGUGAUGGUUUGAGAGCAGUAAAGAAUACGAUAGAGGAUGAAUCCGUUGUCUUAGGGGCUGGUGCAUUUGAAGUUGCUGCUAGGCAAUAUCUAGUGAAUGAAGUCAAGAAAACAGUUCAAGGGCGUGCACAACUUGGUGUUGAGGCUUUUGCUGAUGCGCUUCUUGUGGUUCCCAAGACCCUUGCUGAGAAUUCAGGACUUGACACACAAGAUGUGAUCAUUGCUCUCACAGGAGAACAUGACAGAGGAAAUACAGUGGGAUUGAACCAACACACAGGAGAACCAUUAGACCCCCAAAUGGAGGGCAUUUUUGACAACUACUCCGUCAAGCGCCAAAUCAUAAACUCUGGGCCAGUUAUAGCUUCUCAGUUACUAUUGGUAGAUGAGGUGAUUAGAGCCGGACGCAACAUGAGAAAGCCAACGUAAGGGGGAUGCAGCAAUGCUCUUUGGCCGUGAAAAUGAACCGGACUGCUUUUACUCCUGUUUUAUUUGCCCCCUUUUUUAAUCCCAUCAUGGACUUUGUAAUAUAGAUGUGUUGAGUGAAUUUUGGUUCAUUAUACUUUUGAAAUAUACAAGCAAUGAUUUAGUAGAUUAUGUGGUUGUAUGGUGCUUGAAGCAUGUUACACAUUAUAUCAUUUUUUACUGGUUGAAACUGGAUUCCAUA